UGAUUGGAGAGCUGCAGGUGUGGAAACAUCUUUAGAAGCGGAGAGCGUCCCUAUCGAGCCAAAGUUUUAAAAUCAGCGCGGAGAAAUAGAAACAAACUGAUUUUUAUUCUGCAAAAUGAGGCCGUCCUGUCUAAAGGUAUUGGUGCUUUUACUCGGCUUCACGUGUCUCGGAGUUGAAGGAAUCUGCAGCGUGGAGCAUUGCACCGACCCAACAAGGUGCGCCCUGUCUGAAGACCAGAGGAGCUGCAGAUGCGCCACCGGCUUUUAUUCUGCACGAUGCGACCAAAGUGCUCAGAUUAAAGUUGUGUGUGGCAGAGACUACAUGAGCAUCAGAGCCACAGAAGAUUUCUUCUUGUACCACAAAGUGCCGCUGGAGGCUCUGCAUUUGCCCAACAAAUCCUGUCGGGCUCAGAGGGAAGUCAUUGGAGACACCUCGUACUACAUGUUCCGGAUCUCCAAGGAGAAAUAUUUGGUCUGUGGGGGAAAACCUCUGACGAAAAAUUCAACCCACCUUCUUUACUCGCUGACUGUCCAAUCAGAGCCGCAGAUUAAGGGGAAUAUAAUCAGAGACCCAAACUUUAAAAUGGACUUCACAUGCAUCUAUCCUCAUAUCAGAACCGUCAGCCUGCCUUUUCCGGUCUCCCCCAUCUCCAGUGAGAUGAUGAUGCGGAUAGAUGAGAUGGAGGCCACCAUACAGAUGCUGCUUUAUGCUGACCACACCUUCACCAAUGCCUACACCCAUACUCCAACUAUUGAGCUCAAUCACAAGGUUUACAUAGAGGUGGCUGUGACGGUGCCUGAAGAUUACUUCCUGCUGCGAGUCAAUGACUGUUGGGCCACACAGUCUCCUCAGCCAAACGCUACAGAAGGACUUCUUCACAGCCUCGUUCAUAAUGGCUGUGUGGACGACCACACAGUCUCCUUCAUCAGCCAGAACGGAGACAGUUCCACCGUUCGUUACAGCUUCGACAUGUUUCGCUUCACCACAGAGCCUCAUGAGCUGUACCUGCACUGCAGUGUGCAACUGUGUGACCUGGAUGACCACAAGUCCUGCAUGCCUAGCUGUAAUGUGAUCCGUAAACGAGAAGCACUGAGGGAGUAUCCCAGCCAAGGCCUGCUGUCAUAUGGACCCAUAAGGAUUGAAAUGCCAGACCAGCCGGAGUCCAGUAUAUUGACCACCGUGGUUCUUCCUGUGGCCGGAGUCUGGACUUUAGGCUUCUUCCUCACCGUCCUCAUCAGCGUGGCCAAGGCAGGCAGCAGGAGGAUCACAAAACCUGAAGCUCACUGACAUCCAGCCGGCUGCAGUCGGCAGCAUAAACAAAGUCUUUAUUUCUGUUUUGCUCCCCUCUACAGAGGUUUCA